AUUAAAGAGACGAUAUCAGGUCUCUGUCUAAUAUAUUACCACAGUAUAUUACAACCUAUUCUAACCUUAUCCUUUGGUUAUUUUCAAACGUGUUCUACACCUUUGCAGAGAGAAUUUAACUGGAGAAUGAGCAGAUUAGUUAUUAGACUAUUAGUGCAUUAUUGUUGAAAUUAAUUAAAAAUUGUAUAUCAUUGAUUGCUGAACAACAUGCGAAACACAUGUUCUUUUAUUACGUACUUUCAAAUAUUCAGAUGCAUUAGUUCAUCAAGUACAUACUGGAAUUUGUACAGAGAGAGUAAAUUCAUGAAAAAAUUAAUGCAUGGAACUCAUAAAUCAAGAAGAAAGUGGUAUGAUCCAAAGACAGAUUUACAAAGUACUAUAGACAUCAAGCAAUCUAAUCAAACAAUCUCUGCACAAACAAUGCGUAGAAUGGUAGUCCGAGAUAAACUUUUUAUGAAGCACAUUACAGACUUGAUGUCGAUGGGGGAAGUGUCCGAUAUCAUUAAGGGAGGCAUAGAAAUUACUUGCGUGAAAAUCACGUCAGAUUUUAAAUACGUCAAUGUGUUCUGGAUACACACUACUGAUAAUAUCUCCUCAUUUGUUAGCGAAGAAGCAUUGCAACAAUGUGCUAGAAUUAUUCGACAUGAACUAUCACAGCUCCGUGUUAUAGGCAUAGUACCUCCUAUCCAGUUUGUCCAAGACAAACAGUUUUCAAUGGCAACGGAAGUAGAAAAAAGAUUAGCAGCAAUAAAUUUGGAUAAUGAGACACAUUCUGAACCAAUACAAUGGAAUGAUUCACAUACUGAUAUAAUAGAAACUUUGCACUCGCAACCAGAUACAAAUCAUGAUUCUAAAAUAGAUGAACCUUAUAUAGAAUUUCCAGUGAUGAGACACGAUGUAUUAGGAUUAGAUCAUCAUAAAAUUAUGUCCCAGAUUAUUGCUUCUGUUUCUAAGUCAAAAGAGGCUGUGCAAAGACGAACGUUAGUAGACAUGGACUUUAACGUUGAUAGUUCUUCCAAUCUAGUGCCAAAAGAAAACAACUUCUUAACACAGAAAGAGCAGAAACAGAUCUUCUCUGAAUUUCUAGUCGCGAAACGAAAAGAAGAAAGACGCCUACGUCGUACGAAACAACUGCAUCAACAUGCAUUAUUAAAUAAUUUUGAACAAGAGAUAGAGUCUAUUGAUGACCCUGAAGAUGAAUCUUAUAGCGAUGAGAAUUACAGUGACGAAUUCGACGACAGUGAGAUGCGAUAAGUUCAACUCUGGUAUAUUUCUCAACAAUCUUUAUUAUUCAAUAUAAAUAUAAUACUAAUUCUCGAUUUUCUUACAUUUGUGUACAAUAAUUUAUUAAUAAUAAAAUGUAUUGCACAAUGUACAUAAUCUUCGAGAUAAUGCAAUUCACAACAAUAAAAAGACUAGUUACUAUCUUCUGGA